AUGCCCGGGAUCGUAUAUGGUCAUGGCAAAGUCAGGUUUAUAUCGAAAACGCAAGAAGCUAUUCAACAUGUGCUUUUUAAAACGACACUCACAAUGGGAUUUACUGUAAUAAGCGGUUGUUUUCCUAUGUUAUAUAUACAAUCGCGUAUCCUGAUACCACAAUUCUUAUCUAUGAUAAUGGCUGCUUUGCAACGUAUGUAUAUUACAGCAUGGGCAGCUAAUGAUUUGAAGGAAAUCGGGGCGCACCGGGAGAACCUCUACCCGGCACUUGGCCCAGCCCACCGUCACCCUGCCGACCCUGGUCACGGCCCGGGCUGUCCUAAGGGGCAGCGUAUCCAGGCCGUGCCCAGGCCGUUGGGAGCCACCCUGAUGGCCCCCACAGCCAGUUCGCUGGGGGAGCAUCCAUCCAGCGCAGCCACCGCCUCGGCCACCUCGUUACCGGUGACCGAGUUGUCGAGGUCCCGUACCCUGAGCUCGGCCGUGCGGCCAGGCACGGAGACCUUGACUCCUUCCCUGCCAGCCAAGACGGUGGCCAGCGAGGCCGCCAACCUCUUGGCCUGUUCCUCCCUGCCGGGGCCCGGUAUUUCCAGUACCAGGGCCCGGUAUUUCCAGUACCAGGGCCCCGGUCAGGGCUCGCCUGUUGCGGAGACCCUCAAUGCCCAGCUCCUGGAGAUUGACUCCCUGCUGGGCGACCCUGAGGGUCUCCGCGUAUUCGUCCGGGAGGCACAGUAUUGUGACCACCGCGGUCCUCAGGAACUUGGCCACCACCGCGGACUUGCCGGCCCCCCGCGGCCGCGGGGGCGUGACUGA